AUGAAAGACCUGCGACACCACAUGAUGAUACACACCAACGAGAAGUCUUACUCCUGCCAGGUGUGCGGCCAAAGGUUCAACCGUAACGGACAUCUGAAGUUCCACAUGGAGAGGCUUCACACUUAGGAGCCGUCUCCCCGGAAAGCUCGCUCCGUCCCCUCACGGCAGACCAUCAUCAUCAACAGCGAUGAAGAAACUUUAGCCACACUGCAGAAUUUGCAGGCGGGUCAAACGGUCAUCAGCCCAGAGAGGUUACAGCAAGCGUUGGGUCAGGAACACAUCAUUGUGGCUCUGGAUCAAAGUCUUUCUGACCAGGAGGAGGCGGCAUAUAUUCAGCAGAUCACAACAGUAGAUGGACAGACCAUACAGCACUUAAUGACUGGAGACAACCAGGUCACUGAGACAAAGUAG